UCCGUAUAGGGAAGCGUUGUAAGAAUUAGCGUUCUGUAGGGGGGCUUAGUGUAGAAUCUUUAAUUGUCUUUUACAGUCUAUAGAAAUGUUUGCGUCUUCUCUUCAUAGGCUAUUAGGCAGUCGUAGCAUUUUCGUUGUAUAGGCUUGGUUAAUUUGAGCCCCUUGAGUCAUAUGCUGUUUUUCUCUACAGGUGGCAUUUCCGCAUGUGAUAUUUCUUUUUUGUGGGGGAAUGCAUGUUUAAAACUAGUAGAAGCGAUGUGGCUGUAUGGUGCUCUGGCCAUGUUCCCGUGAGGAGUUAUAGAGAAUAGGGGAUUGCGCGGCGCUAGCCGGGGGCAGUGAUCCUCCUUAGCGAGAUAACAGUACAGUGAGGUGCCGCAGCGGUGGCUGUACCUGCAGGGGUGGGGAGGCAUAUGACGGGGUAGUUAGUUGGCUACAGGUGUGGACACUGUGGAUUCUCUGCUCUGGGAGACAGUGCAAGUUGGAAGGAGGCGUCGAGAUGGUCCUGGAUUUCUGUGCAAGUUUUUCUCUGCAGAGAGAUGUCAUGCCGUGGAUCCUGGCCCGGGAAGCCUCUGAAAUUUCAAAGAGGAACUCAAGGACCCUCCGUAUUGUGAAUGUUGAGCGAAAUGGAAGAGUUCUCUUUACCUGGAAGGGAGGCGAUGGUCUUACCAACAUUGGUUUGUAUGAUCCUGAUUUAAGACAAAAUGAGAUGCUUUAUUCAUUUGACAAAGAUCUACUUAUUAUAAGCUGUUCAGUGAACUGUGAAAAAAGUCUGCUUGCAUUAAGUUACUGUAAUUCAGUCAAAGAACAUCAAUAUGAACCUCUUAGAACAGUUUCCAAAUACUUGGCAUUACUGAUUGAAAUAAAACCAGUCAACAAUGUCAGAGUUCUAAAAGCUGUGGACUAUGACAUUAGAGUACAGUUCUUAUAUCCAACUGAAGACGUUUGUCCAUUUCCUGAAAGUCAUCUUUUGUUGGUUUCGAAAGAGAAGUAUAUUGAACAAUUUCAUGUUAUACUUACUGUUGAAGGUGACAGUAGUGUGGUUAUCAAAAAUUCUGGCAAGCUUCCAAGGGAAAGAAUAGCAGAAGACUUUGUAUGGGUUCAGUGGGAUAUGUUACAUCAGAGACUUUUUUACAUUAUUCCUAAGCAUUCCAGUUGCGUCUUGCAUUGCAUCCAGUUUUAUCAUGAAGAUCAUUUCAAAAUAAUUUUUGAAGUUUCUCUUGAGAUAAUUUUCGUUUACCAAGCAGUAUGUUUGAUCAAUUUGGGCUUUGACCCUUAUGAAGUGAAAGAGCAAGAAAGUUCUACAUCUCUAAACAUACAGGUGUUUACAGAUAAUACAGGAGGUCUGUGCUUGUUUUAUCUCCAGCCUUUCAAAGAUGCAAAGGAGGUGAAAUACAUGGUGAUAUUUUUGCACAGAGGUUGUAGUAAGACCUUUAAAGUUGCAUUAUCCGCAGAAGAGAUGAAACAGCUAAAGAAAAUGUCUUUUAUUAAUCUUGGUGGUUAUGUUGCUGUUUACUUGCCUGACCAUUUUUUGCAUUUGAUAAACACCAGGCAUCCUGACUUGAUGUGCUACCACUUGUUUUUGGCAGAUACUGAUGCCAGAAUAGGUGAGAUAUGCUGUGAUGGUCCUGUUCAGUCUGUUCUAAUGUCGUCAGUGAUUGAGUACUGCCAGGGGAUUCUCUUCUCAGUCAGCCUAAACCACUUGCUUCUUCUGAAAUACCUUUGGACUUGUAAAAGGGAUUGUGAAAGGCUGGCAGUACUUCAUUGUUUUCUUUUGCACCUGGAUCAGAAGCCACUAUGGGAAACAGAGAUUAUUGAGUGGAUAUGUGAAAACCUCUCAGUAUGCCAAAUGUUUGAUCCCAUACAGGAAUUUAUAAUUGCUUCUUUAUACAGAAGAAUGAGUUUGGAAACUAUUUAUCUAGAUAAACUGCUGCCUUAUACUUCACUGCCUUUUUGGAAUCAGGGCAUUGAGGGUGUGUUAUGGUCAUCAGACAUCACAGAUAUGCCAAUAUUAAAGAUUGGUAUGUUUAAAGGAUUCUGGGAGAAGUUCCAUUCUGAGCUGGAAUAUAUGAAACAUACUCACCACAAUAACCCUGUGCACCGAAGAGAUUGGUGUAAACAAAUUGCUGAUGUGGACACACAAGAAUGGAGGAAUAUUAUUUAUCAGCGCAACAUUUUGGAAAAUGCAAAAAAAGUUAUUUUAAACAUGGAAACAUGGAGUUCUGAUCAGAGAAUUGUGCCGCUUCAUCAGGAAGAGGAUUAUCUACAGAAAGACCUCAUGUGGCUGAUGACGAUUAAAUUGAAGGAUCACCUGUCACAGCCUUUGCUUCAUGUUGGAAAAAAUAACAUUGAUAAGAUUGUUCUGGAUUACAUUUCAAAGCAGUUAGACUUGAUAUGCCUGAUACUGGAAGUUGUGUGGAAAAAAUACAACUUGGAUCUAUAUGCAUUCUCUUUCCUAUUUAUUUGUAGUAGUUCAAGAGGAUGUUCUUCAGACUAUUCUGCCUUUUACAUGAUGUGCCACAUUUCAGAAUCUGCAAUCAAACUGGGCAUGCCUCUUCCACCUGGAUUCCAGACACUACAUUUGGUCCUGGGAGUUCGAUGCCUUCCUCUAGGAAAUCUUCUGCAUUAUAUAGAUGCUGGAAUUCUACAACUGACUGAAGCUUUUGCUGUCAAACUUCUAAAAGAACUGGAUGACAAUGAAAGCAAUGAAAAGUUAAAAUACAGCAUUAUUGUACGUCUUCCUGAGAGAAUUUGCCAAAAUAUUCAUCGCUUAUGGGAUCAUGCCAUUAGUAAUAACUGCAUCGCCAGAAAAUAUGUUGAACAAUUAUUGUGCAAGCUUAAAAAAAGGGAGUGUCACCUUGCAGGACAAGCAGCUUGUAGUCAGUCAGCAUUGUCCAUGAAUUUCUUGCCACUUAACUACUUAAUCAAGAUGCUGUCAACAAUAGAAGAACAAGCAUUAAAUCCCUUUGAAGAAGAUAACAUAGAUGCUGCAUUUCUGGAGGAAAUCGCCUUAAAACAGACUACUGUCCUUCUUAGGUUACACAAAAGCUAGUGAUUGUGCAUCUAUUUUUUUUCUAGUACGGCAUUCAGUGAAAUGUGCCCUGUACUUUUGUAGGCUAUAUCUGUAUUGUGCAGUAUUCAGGAUUCAAUAAGAGAGCAAGCAUGCACACAGUACUUUCUCAUAGUUGUUGUGGUUGCCAUCUUUAUAUUAUAACACUAUCCAUCUUAUUACUUUCUGAAAUGAACAGCUGUCUUAGCAUAUAUGCGUAAGCAAGGGGUUUUGAAACUGGGUAAGAUUGGCGCAUCCGGUAUAACUCAGAAUUGGUCUAAAAAAAGUGCAGCUUUUACAGAAGCACUUUCCUGGCAUGUUUGGAUACACCAGUAUUCAUGCAAAAUAUAAGUAAAUCAGGGCCCUUCUGUUUUGCUUUUAAAAGCAAACUUUUUAUAUCUCAGGAUACCAGGAACAGGUGUGGCUUGAGAAAGGAUAGGUUAAAAAAAAAAAUAUAUAUAUAUAUAUUGUAUAUAGAUAUGAAAACUAUUGUCUGGAAUUUUUGAGACCUGACGUUUUCCAGGUCGUUUUGUAAAUUAGAGCUCCAUACUUUAAAGCUACUAAAAAAAAAAUUAAAACAAAUAAAACCAAUGCAUUCAUGUAGUUUAGUAAUCAAAUACAAAGUAAUGUUUUUGUUAUUACAGAGAAAAAAUAAAAAAAACCUGCUGAAAAUGGA